AUUAAAUAAAGCUACGGUUACAAGAGAAGAAGGCUGCGUCGGAUUAGAGAACACGCCAUCGCCUCCAUACUCAAAAUCUGGUGUAGGACAAGGGAUAUUUACCAAGCCGUGAUAGCCUCCGAGAUUUCUCCUGGAAGGGAUGCUACAGAUUGAAAGGACUAUGGCAUCAUCAUAAUUUUUUCGGACCAUGCAGAAGUCAGUAGUUAAUAGCAUAUGUAGGCUACACUCUUAGUUACAUCGGAUGGUCUGCAGUUGAUAGAUAGGCUUAGCUUUAAUGCGUUUCCCCUUCAGGGUACAAUUUUAUUAGAAUAGUGGUGUACAAUCAGUCGGAAAACUAUUGCACUGGGAUGGACAAUACCCAUACUAAGACGGUGGAGGAGGUGUUGGGCCACUUCAGUGUGAACGAGUCAACUGGAGUAAGCUCGGAACAGCUGAGAAAGAGUCGUGAGAAAUGGGGCCCAAAUGAGUUGCCUGCUGAAGAAGGGAAGUCCUUGUGGGAGCUGGUCCUGGAGCAGUUUGAGGAUCUACUGGUGCGGAUCCUCUUGUUGGCAGCCUGCAUCUCUUUUACCUUGGCCUGGUUUGAGGAGGGUGAAGGCACCAUCACUGCAUUUGUAGAGCCCUUUGUGAUUCUGCUCAUUCUCAUAGCAAAUGCCAUUGUUGGGGUCUGGCAGGAACGAAAUGCGGAGAAUGCAAUUGAAGCAUUGAAGGAGUAUGAGCCCGAGAUGGGGAAAGUGUACCGCCAGGACCGGAAGAGCGUCCAGCGUGUCCGGGCGCGAGACAUCGUCCCCGGGGACAUAGUGGAGGUGGCAGUGGGUGAUAAAGUGCCAGCAGACAUCCGCCUGACCUCGAUCCGCUCGACCACGCUGCGGGUGGACCAGUCCAUCCUGACCGGCGAGUCGGUAUCGGUCCUGAAGCAUACCGACCCCGUGCCUGAUCCACGAGCCGUUAACCAGGACAAGAAAAACAUGCUCUUCUCGGGGACAAACAUCGCGGCAGGCAGGGCCAUGGGGGUGGUGGUGGCCACGGGGGUGCACACGGAGAUCGGGAAGAUCCGGGACGAGAUGGCUGCCACCGACCCGGAGAGGACCCCGCUGCAGCAGAAACUGGACCAGUUUGGGGAGCAGCUGUCCAAGGUGAUAACAGUGAUCUGUGUAGCGGUGUGGGGCAUCAACGUCGGGCACUUCAGUGACCCAGUGCAUGGGGGCAGCUGGCUGAGGGGUGCUGUGUACUACUUCAAGAUUGCUGUGGCACUUGCAGUAGCAGCCAUUCCUGAAGGUCUGCCUGCUGUCAUCACCACCUGCUUGGCGCUGGGCACCCGCCGCAUGGCGAGGAAGAACGCCAUCGUCCGCUCGCUGCCGUCGGUGGAGACACUGGGCUGCACCUCAGUGAUCUGCUCCGACAAGACAGGCACCCUCACCACCAACCAGAUGUCUGUUUGCAGGAUGUUUGUUAUGGAGAGUGUGUCUGGAGAUAGGUGCGUCCUGAAUGAGUUUACAGUGACUGGAUCUACUUACGCUCCUGAGGGGGAAGUGUAUAAGGACGGUGCAGUGGUGCGCUGUAGCCAGUAUGAAGGCUUGGUGGAGUUGGCUACCAUUUGUGCAUUAUGUAAUGACUCCUCUCUAGACUUCAAUGAGUCGAAGGGUGUGUUUGAGAAGGUUGGGGAGGCCACGGAGACCGCACUGUGCUGCCUGGUGGAGAAGAUGAACGUGUUUGACACCGACAUGAGGGGCCUCAGCCCAGUGGAGAGAGCCAACGCCUGCUGCCCCGUGAUAAAGCAGCUGAUGAGGAAGGAGCUGACUCUGGAGUUCUCUAGAGACAGGAAGUCCAUGUCCGUCUUCUGCUCUCCCAACAAGCUCACUCGCUCCGCCUCGGGAGCCAAGAUGUUCGUAAAGGGUGCCCCAGAGAGUGUGCUGGAGCGCUGUGCCUGGAUUCGAUUGGGCGGCGGGGUGCGGGUUGCUAUGACGGCAGGCCUGCGGGAGCAGCUGCUGGAGACGGUGAGGGAGUGGGGCUCCGGCCGCGACACGCUGCGCUGCCUCGCCAUGGCAACGCGAGACUCUCCGCCAGACCCGCGUACACUCAACCUGGAGAACUCUGCCACCUUCGGCUCCUACGAGUCGGACCUCACAUUCAUUGGUUGUGUGGGGAUGCUGGACCCUCCCAGGAAAGAAGUGCUCAGCGCUGUUCGCAUGUGCAGACAGGCAGGCAUACGGGUCAUAAUGAUUACAGGGGACAACAAAGGCACCGCCCUGUCCAUCUGCCGGCGCGUGGGCAUCAUAACGGAGCAGGAGGAGGAGGAGGGGCAGGGUGGGCCCUUCAGGGGGGGGCUGACGGGACGCGAGUUCGACGAGCUGCCCCCCCACCUCCAGAGGCAGGCAUGCCGCACUGCCCGCUGCUUUGCCCGCGUGGAGCCCACACACAAGAGCCGCAUCGUGGAGUACCUGCAGAGCCUCAGCGACAUCACAGCCAUGACAGGAGACGGUGUGAAUGAUGCCCCAGCCCUGAAGAAAGCAGAGAUCGGCAUCGCCAUGGGCUCAGGGACGGCCGUCGCCAAGUCGGCCUCCGAGAUGAUCCUGGCGGACGAUAACUUCUCCACCAUCGUGGCCGCCGUGGAGGAGGGCAGGGCCAUCUACAACAACAUGAAGCAGUUCAUACGCUACCUCAUCUCCUCCAACAUCGGGGAGGUGGUCUGUAUUUUCCUGACUGCAGCUCUUGGGAUGCCCGAGGCCCUGAUCCCUGUGCAGCUCCUGUGGGUGAACCUGGUGACAGACGGCUUCCCGGCCACCGCCCUGGGCUUCAACCCCCCCGACCUGGACAUCAUGUUGCGCCCCCCUCGCUCCCCCAAGGAGCCCCUCAUCUCCGGAUGGCUCUUCUGCAGAUACCUGAUCAUUGGCUGUUAUGUGGGUGCUGCUACUGUGGGUGCAGCCGCCUGGUGGUUCAUGGCUGCAGAGGACGGCCCCAAGCUCUCCUUCUACCAGCUGUCCCAUUACCUGCAGUGCAGUGAGGGCAGCACUGAGUUCGCCGGGGUUCAGUGCUCUGUCUUCGAGUCACCCCACCCCAUGACCAUGGCUUUGUCUGUGCUCGUAACAAUAGAGAUGUGCAAUGCACUGAACAGCUUGUCAGAAAACCAGUCCCUGCUGAAGAUGCCUCCAUGGUCCAACCCAUGGCUGGUGGGAGCUAUCUGCCUCUCCAUGGCUCUCCACUUUCUCAUCCUCUAUGUUGAUCCCCUGCCUGUGAUUUUCCAGAUCCGUCCCCUGUCCUGGCCCCAGUGGGUGGUGGUGCUGAAGAUGUCCCUGCCGGUCAUCCUGAUGGACGAGGCCCUCAAGUUCCUGGCGCGGAACUACAUCGAGCCGGGCAACGAGCUGGAGUUGACGGAGGAGGAGGAGGAGGAGGAGGCCGAGGCCGCGGCACGUCGCCGUAGUGACGGCGGGCCGGGGGCAGGGGGGCGGCUGACGGCGUCCGUGCGGCGAGCGCUGCGGGGCGUGUCCUGGCCCUUCGUGUUCAUCUCGGCGCCGCUGCUGCUGUGGAUAUACAGCCUGGACUCGGACAUCACCAACAUGUUCUGGGAGUGAGAGAGAGGGAGGGGAGGG